CGAUUGUAUGUCUUCGGCGAUGAUCGCGGGCAUAGGCUGCCUGACCUGACCCACUCAGCUGCCGAAAUCUAAGGAGCGGUGUCCGCGUACCACUCGUGUGCUCCAACCCAGGGUGAUCAAUGGAUAAGUCCAGUGUAGUCUCACAGGCAGUGGUCGAGCACGAAAGAUCAACUUCAGUGGAUGGACAGCGCCUGGAAAUGGCGAGAAACGACAAACCUCUCUACAGCGACGAAACCAUCCGGACGGUCCACUCGUGGCUGAAGUUCACGCAUUCGAUGCUCGGUCUCAUUGUCAUUCUAGUCCCUCUUUCCAUAUGGGUUCUAUCGCCAAACAACUUCGUAGCAUUUUCUCUUAUAAUGUUCACGACCACGACACCGUUGGUCGUCACGAUGGUCGGCUGUGAGAUAUCCUGCCGACUCGCCAUCGCACUCAGGAGGAAGUACCCGGGCGCUUUUACGGACAUCUUCUGCAGUAUUGUGAAAUUCUUCAGCGCUCUGUCCGUGUUCCUUCAUGGGAAACUCUUCCACGGUCACGAGGUCCACGGUAUUGAGAAGUUGCCCAAAACUUCCGGGGCGCUGGUGAUUUACGCUCAUUCGGCGUUGUUCCCAUCCGACACUCUCCAUCUCCUCACCCGGCAGAGCUUGCUGCGCGAAAUAACCUUCGGCGGAGUCAUCAGUCGGAAGCUAUGGCUUGCUAUGAAUGGUGUAUGCGAGUUCUUCUCCUUCUACACUGAGCGGGAUCGUCUCGUCGAAUCUCUGAAGAAAGGACAUCACUGCGCUGUUGCUCCAGGCGGGUCCAUCGAAGCAGCAUUUAGCAAAGACUAUGAGUUGAUGUGGAAUGGCCGGAAAGGAUUCGCUGAGGUUGCGAAGGAGUGCGGAGUACCAAUAGUUCCAAUGUUCACGACGAAUUCUCAGCAAGCGAUGCCGGUGUCAACCUUUGGCUUCCGUGAUCUCUUUCUGGCAGUGUACGAACGAACGAAGGAGCAUAUAUUUGUGCCCCUGAUCUGUUUCCCUGUGAAAAUGAGAACUUAUUUCGGGGAGCCGAUUUUCUGCGGCGACGACGAGACUCCAGAAGAACUCGCCAAAAGGGUCGAAGCCGCACUCUAUGCCCUGAGGGACAAACAUCAGCGUCGUCCUGGGAACGUCUUGUUGGCUCUCAUGGAAAGAUUGGGUUACCCGGCAUUCUAUAAUCCUCCGAAAUCUGAGAAGAAGUCUUGACGAUCGGAAGAACGUUGUGUGCGGGAACAGAUCGCAAAUAUCUCGCCGAUGACGGACCCCGGUCCCAAUCGUUGAACUCGGUCAGUGGAGAGGAGGACUGCUGGCAAUCUUUGUCCGAUACACUCGAACUUGCUGUCUCGCGAGAUUUUCCGGAUUCGGGGCCGGGUAAUCGCCCAGAAACCCAAUUUCGGGAAGGAACGAUAUCGUCUCAAUAUAGUGUUCAAUUUGGUUAUUAA